AAAUCAAAAUCGGUAAACAUAUGAACGAUUUAAAUUCCUUAUAAAAACCCCAAAUCAAAGAGAAAUUUUAGAAAGUAAUUAAUUGGCUUUUACCACAACAACAACUAAAUUCAUAAUGAAAUUCAUUGUCUGUUUAACUAUCUUGGCUUUCGCUGUUGCCUUCGUAUCGGCUUGUGAUCCUGAUGGCGAUAACAAACCCGAAUGCAAUACCAGAAACGUUAAUGUACCAACACGUAACUCCUGGGAUCCUACCCAUUUCUGGUUAUGCUCAUCGGCCGGUGCUGAUGCCGAAAGCAAACCAUGCCCAAUUGGUGAAGGUUUCGAUGCCACAAAGGGCGCUUGUGUAGCAUGGAGUGAAUGGAAAUGGACAAAUCCUUGUCCUGAAAACGAAUCUAACUAAGUGUGAAUACUUUUUUCAAAUAUCGAGAAAUAAAUAUCCUUCAGAUGAAUUGAAAUCAAGAAAGAAA